CGUUAGUGGCGCGUGAACCUCCUCGGCUACGGUAGUUGGGGGGACAUAAGCUAAACUUUUGCCUUUAGGUAAAUCGUUUCCAAAUGGGAAAGCUAGUGUUAAUCUCUCUGGUAAUAGCUGCCUUAUCGGCGCUGUUGGGAGAGAGGAUUCUUAACUUAAGGAAAAGGACUCUCGCCUCCAGAGAACUGGUCAGAAAUCACCUGCCCAACUGUGUGACUCUGAAACACCUGAGUCAUGGCUCGGAGGAUAUAACAGUGGUUCGGGAUGGACUCGCCUUUAUCAGCACUGGUCUGAAGUAUCCUGGACUACCAGACUUGGAUGUACCAGGAAAGAUCUACUCUGUUGAUCUACAAGAUCCUCGGAUGAAACCAGUGGAGCUGCGCAUGCCAAGAAACUUUGAUCUGGACAUAUUCAACCCCCAUGGCAUCAGUGCAUAUGUUGAUGCAAAUGAUGACGAGAUAUACCUGUUUGUUGUCAACCAUCCUCAGCACAAAAGUCAAGUAGAGGUCUUUAGAUUUGUUGAGGACGAUCACUCCCUGGCGCAUCUGAACACAAUAAAGCAUGAACUUCUCUACAGUCUAAAUGAUAUUGUUGCAGUGGGUGUGGAUAGUUUCUAUGCAACCAACGAUCACUAUUUUUCCCACAAUAUCUUCAAAGCUGUGGUGGAGCCUCUUCUGUCUCAGCCUUGGUCUAAUGUUGUGUACUACAGUCCCAAGGAUGUCAAAAUAGUCUCCGAAGGUUACUACAUGGCCAAUGGCAUCAAUAUGUCUCCAGAUAAAAGACAUAUAUAUGUGGCAGAUGUGCUUGACCACAAUGUGCAUUUGCUGGAGCGGAAAGAAGACAACACUUUGGCCCCUGUAAAGUCUGUGGCUCUGGGUUCACUCUGUGACAACAUUGAAGUUGACCCUGAAACAGGUGACCUGUGGUUAGGCUGUCACCCUAACGGAUGGAAAUUGUUUGUGUCCGACCCCAACGACCCACCUGGAUCAGAGGUCAUCAGGAUCCAGAAGAUCCAUUCUGAUGAGCCGGUGGUGACUCAGGUAUAUGCAGAUGAUGGUCAGGUGAUCAUGGGUUCAUCUGUAGCCACAACAUAUGGAGGGAAGUUGCUAAUUGGCACAGUGUUCCAUAAAGCUUUGGUCUGUGACCUGAAGUAGACAAUGACUCUUUUAUCUUUAAAUGGACUGAAGUUCAAUUAAAAGAUGAAAUCAAGGAUUAACACUGUGUAAGGCUCUCACCCAGACGGGAAGAUAAUGAAGCAUGAUUUAAGAAAUUGUAUGACUUGUAGACUCUUGACUGGAGUCUAAUUGUGCAUAAAUAACGCGUGGUCGAAGCUGCAAGAAAGUGGAUGUGUUUCUUCACCUGACCCAUGUAUUAACAACAUACAUGAAACACUGUGAAAUAAGGGCUAUAUUACAAUAAAAUGUGUAAAAAAAAAA